AUGCGUGUUGUUAUCGCUGCUAGCAUCGUCGGGGGUGUCGUUGGGUUUUCUAAUACAGUCUCCGAAGACACUAUGCCGACGGGCAACUACUGCGAGGAGAUGUGCACUCAGACCGCUGAUUGUGAUGAGUCAUACUGCAAAGAUAACGGUCUAUGCUUCGGUCUCUACCACAGGGGGGAUUCCAAGUGUUAUCAGCCCGGUGGUGAAGCUACUGAUUGUGACGACUCCGCAUUGGAGCCGGUCCAGUGUGCUGAAUAUCCUGUAACUACCUGUGAUGAUGUUUGUAGUAGCAUCGAAGGUUGCAAGGAAUCGAAGUGGGGUACUUAUUGCAAGACUUGGCAAGAUCCUCCAGUCUGUUUUGGUAUCAUUGUCAAGGAGGAUGGUAGCCUCUGCUUCAACCCUAUUGAUGAGGAGUGUGUUGGAGAGCCUUAUCCGUGUGAGAUUGCUCCCAUUGAGACCACUGUUAUCCCUGAGACUACGGUUGGAUCUACUGAUGCCCCUGAGACUACGGUUGGAUCUACUGAUGUUCCUGAGACCACCUCUGAGCCCGCGGAUUAUCCAACCAACGAGGAUCUAGCUGGGGACUGGUGUGGUGAGACUCCUCUCGGCUCUAUUAAAGUCACUCCGGAGGUCUCGGGUGCGGUUACUCUCUUUGUUGCUGGGCAGACGUUCACUGCCGAGUACUAUUUGGAUGGCUAUGAAAUCGUGUUCACCAACCCGGAUGAGGCUUUAGCGGCGUUGCUUGAGGAGUUAGACUCUGGUUUGUACGCUCUCUAUACUGACGAAGGUGUUUACGUUGAGCUAGUCAACGUCUUCACCACCACUAUAACGAGAUGUUAG